UUUUUCUUGAUUCUGGGCGUUGGAAUGGCUGUAGCUGGUCGUUUGGAUAAUACUUAUCUACCUCCAAGUAAUGCCGCUACUGCCGGCGGUAAUAGCAAUAUAUUGGCAGCUCCCGAAGGCGGUGCACAUCCGCCAACAGGUGUUGAAAGCGAUAGCGAAAACACCAACAAUCCAGCAGCAUCCGCAGCAAUCCUAAAAUACGAAAAUGAACAACCCGGUGACGGCAGCUACAAAUUCGAAUAUGAGACAGAGAAUGAGAUCCAUCAUAGUGAGACCGGCGAAUUGAAGAACGCUGGCGAGGAGAACGAAGCAAUGUCCGUACAAGGUUCAUACUCGUACAUGGGCCCGGAUGGCGUUAUGUAUACUGUAACGUACAUCGCUGACGAAAACGGUUUCCGCGCUACAGGUGAUCACAUUCCGACCGCGCCGCCGGUGCCAGAAGCUAUCCAAAAGGCCCUCGACGAAAUGGAAGCGAUGAGUGAACACAACGGCCAGAGCCCGGAUAAAACUCAUAGUGGUGGUAGUGAAAACGGUGGCUCCUAUCAGCGCGAGCACAAUCAAGAUACCCAAGCAGUUGUAAUUGAAGCUGAACCAGAAUAUCAGCCGCCGCAAACUGCCGGCCGCGAAUAUCUUCCACCCAACCAAGCAAAUUUAAAUACGCCAUCCAACGGAUAUCGCUAUUAG